AUGGUAUUUAAGAUACAUCGUGUAGAACUAGAAAACUUUAAAAGCUAUGCAGGGAAAGUGUGUAUAGGACCUUUUAAAGACUUCACCUGCAUCGUUGGUCCAAAUGGCGCUGGCAAAUCCAAUCUUAUGGAUGCACUUAGCUUUGUUUUGAGUUCCACCAGUUUGGAUGCGAGACGUAGCAAGCAUCCAUCCGAUCUCAUCAACCACAAAUCUAAGAAAAGGGGGUGUACUGUGACUAUCGUGUUACAUAAGAAGGAAGACCCAAGUGUCAGCUGUGGCAGCUAUCAACGACAGCGUGCGCUUGAAUCUGCAAUCUCCGAGAUUGCGUUCACACGCUCCAUUACAGAGGCUGGCACAGAGCAAUUUGCUAUUGAUUACCAGGCAGUGUCCGAAGAAUGCUUUUCAAAGCAGCUGAAAGUACAUCAAAUUGGGUCUUGUGUAAAUACUUUUCUAGUUUUUCAGCAUGAGGUUGAAACAAUUGCACGAAUGAAAGGCAAGGAGCUCACCCAGCUCCUUGACCAAGUGAGCGAAAGUGGCGAACUUAAGCAAGAGUACGACUCAAAAAAAAAGCCAUGGAAGUGGCCAAUAAUGGUUUAUUGA